AUAUGUAUAAAAGUCGUCGGAGUUCGUUAUGUUGGUGUUGCUGCAUAUGUACUACACACGCUUCCGGGAUUUAUCACUGAAAGAAACGAUGCUGGAAGUAACUUGUAACGAUCGUCUGGGGAAGAAAGUUCGUGUUAAAUGUAACCCAGAUGAUACGAUUGGAGACUUGAAGAAAUUAAUCGCCGCACAAACGGGAACUAGAUGGGAGAAGAUUGUCUUGAAAAAAUGGUAUACAGUUUUCAAGGAUCAUAUUAAGCUACAGGAUUAUGAAAUACAUGAUGGAAUGAAUCUGGAGCUCUAUUACCAGUGAACAGAAGACACUUGUGUUGGGACAAGUCUGCAAACACACUUCUGUACUGCACUCAAGAAGUGAUUUAACAGAACAGUAAUCACUACGUUAUUAGUGAUGUCCGUGGACAUAAAGCACACUGUAUCUAAUCUCAGUAUUCACUCAAGUCACUUUAUAGUGAAUUUUAAUACCAUAUGUAAAUUUUCUCAUAUUAUCUUGCAUUUCCAUUUCAUUCCUCCCCAUAAAAGAAAAAAACGUUUCUGCACAAUUUCAGAACGUUUGCUUUUAAAAAUAUUAGUAUCCAGGUAUCAAUAAUUACACAUGAAUCAGUGUUACAUAUUUGGAAUAAAGAUAUUUUCUUAUUUCUGUGCCAUUUUCUGAUAUUUGUUUUUGCUGCAAACUCAUGGAAAUAUUCGCAACACUUAAUGUAAUUAGGAACACUGGAUUGAUAAAUGGCUGGUCUCUUCUGCUGCAUUUUGAUGGAUGUACAAGCAAGUUUAUUUUUCUGCAAUGUUCUGCUGAUUGCUCCAAUAUUGGUUCUGUAUUUUGAGCUUCACAAUUUGAAAUGGUGUUGUACAAAUUCAGUUUUUAAAGGUCAUGUCUCUGUUUUAAGAUUUCAUAUGUUACACAAACUUAUGUACAGAGAAUAAUAUUAAAAGAAAUAAACAAUUUCUAUAUUUGAAA